AUGCCUGAAUAUGCAGACGCUAAACCACACUAUCGAAUCAAUGAUACGAAAAAUAUUCAUUUAUUAGCCGAACGUCAAUCAUCAACAUUCAAUGUUGAAGACUUUGCUCAAUUCAUGUUUGGCGGAUCGGACAAUCCAUUUGACAUAAACACACGACGUCAGCUCACUCGUCUUGCUAUCGCCCAUCCAAUUCAUCAAACACAUUUACCGUUCGAAUACUUGACUGCUGAUGAACACUAUUCGCUUUGUAUUCGAAAAAGUUUCGCUGCUAUCGACGCAGUAAAUCGUUUGAAUAUCACCAAUCGAAAACACCGCGGUUGGUUUUAUGACAUCUUCGUGAACUAUUAUUUUUCGUUUUACAUUCACACAUCCAUGUGUAUCUAUGCUAUUGAGAAUCUGGCAAGUGAAGAACAGAAACAUACACUGUUACCAUUAGCAGAAUCAUUUCAAAUCAUAGCAAGUUAUGCUCAAACAGAACUUGGCCAUGGAACUGAUAUAAGACGAUUGGAAACAGAAGCUAUUUUCGAUAAAACAACUGAUUCGUUCAUACUGAAUACGCCAACGUUAACAGCAACCAAGUUUUGGCCUGGUUCAAUGGGUAGAACCGUGAAUCAUGUUUUGCUUAUGGCACAAUUAUACACACCCGAUCGUAAUCAUGCGUGUGGAAUUCAAAUGUUUUUAGUGCAAAUUCGUGAUUUGAAAACGCACCAACCAUUGCCAGGUGUGGAGGUUGGCGAGAUUAGUACUCGGUUUGCGCAUAUCCUUGGCGAUAAUGGAUACUUACGAUUAACCAAUGUUCGUAUUCCACGUACACAGAUGUUCAUGAAACUAGCGCAUGUCGAUUCAAAUGGACAUUUCACACGGCGAGGUGAUGCUCGUCUUUUGUAUGGCACAAUGGUACACGAACGUCUACGUCUCAUUAACACUACGUUGAUGGCUUUGAUUCGAGCUAUGGCUAUUGCAGUACGAUAUUCAGCCGUUCGAUUUCAAGGACUAAAUCCAUCAGGAAAAGAAACACAAAUACUCGAUUAUCCAUUACAGCAAGAAAAAUUAAUUCCGAGCUUGUCCACCACUUAUGCGUUUCUCAUUGCUUUUAUUAAACUUGAUCGCUACUUUUUUCAAUUGAAAACAAAUGAUGAUGAUUAUUUCCGAGAAUUACCUCAGCUUCAUGCGCUUUCGUGUGGAUUCAAAGGUUACACAUUAUCAAUCAGUGAACGAAUCGCACAAAUAUGUCGUGUCGCUUGCGGUGGUCAUGGUUUUCUCGUUGCAAGUGGAUUAGUCACAUCGAGAAAUGGAAUUGAUGGAGGUUGUAGCGCAGAAGGGGAUAAUGUUGUUUUGCUUCAACAAACUGCCAGAUAUCUUUUGAAAGUGAUGCAACAAGUAGAGGAAAAUAAUGGUGGAGAUCUACACGCAUCGGUCGCAUACUUAAACUUACCACUCUGGUCACCAACAACAACGAGCUUGAUAUUGGACGAUUAUUGUCGUCUAUUUGAAAGCCGUUCACAAUUAUUGGUCAAAGAGAUGUAUGGUAAAAUGCUCGAAUCAACAUCAUCAUCUCCAUAUGAUGCAUUUAUUCAGAAUUCCAUUGAAUUAGUACAUAUGGCUAAGGCUCAUAUGGAAACAUUCAUCAUCCGUACAUUUUAUGAUCAAGUACAGAACGCAUGUCAACAUGUAUCGAUUGCAUUGGUUCUCGAGCAACUUUUUUAUGUAUAUGCAAUUCAUACACUACGAAAUACAUCGACAGAUUUCGUUCGAUUGAAAUUGCUAUCCGCUGAUCAAAUCUACGAACUUGAAACUCGCAUUUUACCGGAUCUGUACGUACAGCUUCGUCCGAAUCUUGUUACUCUAGUUGAUGCGUUCGAUUUUCACGAUUUUGAAUUGGAUUCUUGCUUGGGCCGUUACGAUGGGCAAGUGUAUGAAGCAUUGAUGGAGCGUGCUCGACUUAAUCCGUCCAAUCGACAUAAAGUUCCUCCAAUUUGGGCAUCAGUUAAACAAGGAACCCUAUCAAAACUCUAG